ACGCGCGCACCGCUCCCUCCUUCUUAGCCAAGCGUUCCGGGGCCCGCAAUGGCCCUUUAAAAGGCAGAGUCUAGUCCAGAGGGGGCGGGCGGGGGGCGCUGACCGCCGUCCGAGGCCCGGCCCCUCCUCCCUGCCCCUCCCUCGGUCCGUCCCUCCCUGGGUCCCCGCGUCGCUCGCCCCCUCGUUCGGUCGCCGGGCGCACGCUCCGCCUCCGUCAGUCGGCUCGGCUGUCUAGCGCGCAGCGUGGAGCCGGAGCCGGGGCCGGACGCGCGGCUAGGGGCUGGGGGCUGGGAGAUCGGCGCCCGCCACCGGGCCAGGCCUGAGCCGCGAUGGCUGAGAUGGGCAGCAAGGGGGUGACGGCAGGGAAGAUCGCCAGCAACGUGCAGAAGAAGCUCACGCGCGCGCAGGAGAAGGUCCUCCAGAAACUGGGAAAGGCGGAUGAGACAAAGGAUGAGCAGUUUGAACAGUGUGUUCAGAAUUUCAACAAGCAGCUGACUGAGGGCACUCGACUGCAGAAGGAUCUCAGGACCUACCUGGCCUCAGUCAAGGCCAUGCACGAGGCCUCCAAGAAACUGAAUGAAUGUCUGCAGGAGGUAUACGAGCCCGACUGGCCUGGCAGGGAUGAAGCCAACAAGAUAGCUGAGAACAAUGACCUCCUCUGGUUGGAUUACCACCAGAAGCUGGUGGACCAGGCGCUGCUGACCAUGGACACAUACCUGGGCCAGUUCCCUGACAUCAAGUCACGCAUUGCCAAGCGAGGGCGGAAGCUGGUGGACUAUGAUAGUGCCCGGCACCAUUACGAGUCCCUCCAAACCGCCAAAAAGAAGGAUGAAGCCAAAAUUGCCAAGCCUGUCUCGCUGCUUGAGAAAGCUGCCCCCCAGUGGUGCCAAGGCAAACUGCAGGCUCAUCUCGUAGCUCAAACUAACCUGCUCCGAAAUCAGGCAGAGGAGGAGCUCAUCAAAGCCCAGAAAGUGUUUGAGGAGAUGAACGUGGAUCUGCAGGAAGAGCUGCCAUCCCUGUGGAACAGCCGUGUAGGUUUCUAUGUGAACACGUUUCAGAGCAUUGCGGGCCUGGAGGAGAACUUCCAUAAGGAGAUGAGUAAGCUCAACGAGAGCCUCAACGAUGUUCUGGUCAGCCUGGAGAAGCAGCACGGGAGCAACACCUUCACAGUCAAGGCCCAGCCCAGAAAGAAAACUAAACUGCUCUCCCGGCUGCUCAGAAAGAAGAACAGUGACAACGCCCCUGCAAAAGGGAACAAGAGCCCUUCGCCUCCGCCAGAUGGCUCCCCGGCAGCCACACCAGAGAUCAGAGUCAACCACGAGCCUGAGCCGCCUAGCUCCGCCACAACCGGGGCAACCCUCCCCAAGUCCCCAUCUCAGCUCCGGAAAGGGCCACCAGUCCCUCCGCCUCCCAAACACACCCCGUCCAAGGAGGUCAAGCAGGAGCAGAUCCUCAGCCUGUUUGAUGACACGUUUGUCCCUGAGAUCAGCGUGACCACCCCCUCCCAGUUUGAGGCCCCGGGGCCUUUCUCGGAGCAGGCCAGUCUGCUGGACCUGGACUUUGACCCCCUCCCACCUGUGGCGAGCCCUGUGAAGGCACCCACACCCUCUGGUCAGUCAAUUCCAUGGGACCUCUGGGAGCCCACAGAGAGUCCAGCUGGCAGCCUGCCUUCCAGGGAGCCCAGCGCUGCCGAGGGCACCUUUGCUGUGGCCUGGCCCAGCCAGACAGCCGAGCCGGGGCCUGCCCAACCAGCGGAGGCCUCGGAGGUGGCGGGUGGGACCCAACCUGCGGCUGGAGCCCAGGAGCCCGGGGAGACAGCAGCAAGUGAAGCGGCCUCCAGCUCUCUCCCUGCGGUGGUGGUAGAGACCUUCUCAGCAACUGUGAACGGCACCGUGGAGGGUGGCAGCGGGGCGGGACGCUUGGACCUGCCCCCGGGGUUCAUGUUCAAGGUGCAGGCCCAGCAUGACUAUGUGGCCACAGACACGGAUGAGCUGCAGCUCAAGGCUGGUGACGUGGUGCUGGUGAUCCCCUUCCAGAACCCUGAGGAGCAGGAUGAAGGCUGGCUCAUGGGCGUGAAGGAGAGUGACUGGAACCAGCACAAGGAGCUGGAGAAAUGCCGGGGCGUCUUUCCCGAGAACUUCACCGAGCGGGUUCAGUGAGGGCAGCAGCCACCGGCUCUCUGGGCGUGUGAAGAACACCUUUUCCCGAAAAAUGUGUGGGCUUUUUUUUUUUUUUUUUUUUUCUUUCCUGAUUUUGUUUUUAAACUUUUGGAAAAGAAAAGGGGAAUUGAGAGGAGAGACCCAAGUCAAGAGGUGUUCUCCCAAAGAUUAGGUUGUUUUCCAAAGAGCCUGUUUUCGGCAAGUCCAGUGGAAUCACCAGUGUUCCUGAAGCUGCUGUGUCCCCUAGUUAGGUUCCUGGCCACCCCGGUCUCCCCCGCCCCCACACUGUGCCCGCAUGUGUGCCCGGCCGCAGGGCGGGGCCUGGGGGCUGCCGAGCCACCACGCUUGCCUGAAGCUUCGGCUGAGCAGCCCGGGCAAGGGUCCUCUUUUUCCUGGCAGCUGCUGUGGGUGGGGUCGGGUCUCUCCAGAGACCUCAGGGCCCAGACAUCGGCCUGGCCUGGCCCUGCCCUGCAGACCGUCUGUGUGCUGUUUGAAAAUAAAUCUUAGUGUUCCAAGCAAAAUGAAA